ACGCCGCUAUCGAUAUAUAUUGUCCCAGUCAUCAUCUGCAGUUUGUGCCGUGUUCUAGCAAAAUUCCGUGUAAUUUUCAGUGGCAAACAUUGAAAAUUAUUCAAAUCAAAGUAGUUGUUGUGAUUAUAAAUAUCGGAGAAUAAAACUAAAUUAUAACCCGCAAUGCAGUCGACAUUAUGCAGAGCUGCGGCUGCGGCCAAGACGCAUUUGCGCACCAAUGCAGCUAUUUUGGGAGCAUUAAAUGCCCGCCUCUAUUCCACAACACACGAAGCAGACAUUGUAGUGAUCGGCUCCGGACCCGGUGGCUAUGUGGCUGCCAUCAAGGCGGCCCAGAUGGGCAUGAAGACGGUGAGCGUGGAGAAGGAGGCAACGUUGGGCGGCACCUGUUUGAAUGUUGGCUGCAUUCCCUCCAAGGCGCUCUUGAACAAUUCGCAUUACUAUCACAUGGCACACUCUGGAGAUUUGGCUAGUCGCGGCAUUAACUGCGGCAAUGUAACACUCGAUCUGGAGAAGCUGAUGGGACAGAAGAGCAAUGCAGUCAAGUCUCUCACUGGAGGCAUUGCCAUGCUCUUCAAGAAGAACAAAGUGACUCAGCUGACGGGCUUUGGCAGCAUUGUCAAUCCCAAUGAGGUGCAGGUGACAAAGAGCGAUGGCACAACGGAAACGGUCAAGACCAAGAACAUACUGAUUGCCACCGGCUCAGAAGUUACUCCCUUCCCAGGCAUCACGAUUGAUGAGGAAGUAAUUGUGAGCAGCACAGGCGCCUUGAAGCUCGCCCAGGUGCCCAAGCACAUGGUUGUCAUUGGAGCUGGUGUUAUUGGUCUGGAGUUGGGUUCGGUGUGGUCGCGUUUGGGCGCUGAAGUCACUGCCAUUGAGUUCAUGGACACCAUUGGCGGCGUUGGCAUUGACAACGAGGUCUCCAAGUCCUUCCAGAAGAUACUCGCCAAGCAGGGACUUAAGUUCAAGCUGGGCACCAAGGUGAUGGGCGCCACACGCAAUGGAAACAGCGUUUCCGUCUCCGUGGAGGAUGCCAAGUCGGGGGCCAAGGAGGAGAUCCAGUGUGAUACGCUAUUGGUGAGCGUGGGACGUCGUCCCUACACCGAAGGCCUUGGCCUGGAGGGUGUGGGCAUUGUCAAGGACGAUCGCGGUCGCAUUCCUGUUAAUGCCACGUUCCAGACCGUGGUGCCAUCGAUUUAUGCCAUUGGCGAUUGCAUUCACGGCCCCAUGUUGGCCCACAAGGCCGAGGAUGAGGGUAUGAUCACCAUCGAGGGCAUCAACGGCGGUCACGUUCACAUUGACUACAACUGUGUGCCCAGUGUGGUCUACACGCAUCCCGAGGUCGCGUGGGUGGGCAAAUCCGAGGAGGCCCUUAAGCAGGAGGGAGUUGCCUACAAAGUGGGCAAGUUCCCCUUCAUGGCCAACUCCCGUGCCAAGACGAACAACGAGACCGACGGUUUCGUCAAGGUUCUGGCGGAUAAGGCAACUGACCGAGUGCUGGGCACGCACAUCAUUGGCCCCGCUGCCGGCGAGCUGAUCAACGAGGCCGUCUUGGCCAUGGAGUAUGGAGCAUCUGCGGAGGAUGUUGCCCGUGUCUGCCAUGCGCAUCCAACCUGCUCUGAGGCUUUACGUGAGGCCAACGUGGCGGCUGCCUUUGGCAAACCCAUUAACUUCUAGACCUCCAAUGCAUCCUGGCAUCCUUUCUUUCCCUGCUAAUCGACACAUUUCGAUACACAAAAGUCUCCGCGAGUUUAAAAAAUUCUCAUUGUGCAAAUGUUACGAACCAUCGCCGAUAAAUAUAUAAAUUGCAAUAUAUUGCAAAUAAAUAAAUUGAA